UUGUUUUUUCGUUUGUGUUAAUUUAGUUUGCUAUAACAUUCUUUAACGGUUUAAACCUUAGCCGUCAGCUUCCCGCAUCACUGUUCCCGUUUCGCCAUUAGUUAAUGUGAAAAAUGAAAAUGGUGAAAUUAGGUCUUUUCUAAUUUUCAUACUCUGUAUAUGCGUAGCCAUUUUUCAGGUCUGGUAACUUUCCAUCUCUAUUUUUCCUGACAAACUAUUUUGAUUUAUUAUCCUUGUAAUUGGUUUUCCCUCUUCAUCAACUGUGCCUCUCCGUCUGUAAUUGGCUUUCCAGAUAUGGCCCCUUCAAGCGGCAUACCAAUCCUUAUGGAUGCAAAACUAUGUUGUAAAAAAGCAAGGUUUUUGGGGCAUCACAUCAAAAUUGUUUCCCCGGGACAUCUCUGUUCUUCCGCAUCGUUCCUCAGGUGUAGCUCAAUUCGACAAAUUUCUAUCGAAUAUGUUCAAGCGUUCUCUCUACCAAUUUCCGGCGAAUUCCACAUGUAGAAUCAUAAUUGUUCUCCACAUGUAUAAUCUCUACAAUUGUCUCUCCUGUUGACGUUGCUCUUCAAAAAUCUUGAUUGCAAACAUGUUGCUUAUGCUUAAGGUGGAUGGUAGUUGGGACAACUCAUAUGUUUUCUUCAACAAACGAUGCUUUGGCUUAAUAGUACAUGAGGGGACAUUAUAUGUUGACUUUGCUUCCAUGGUUUACUCAUGUAUUGGUGAAUCUGUUACCAAUACAAGGCUUAUAAUGUCUUACCUUGUAGAUUCAUGUCCACCUCCUGUUCUUGUUAAUGAUGAUUCUAGCUUGGGAUUUUACUUGGCUUUAAAAAAAAUUGACAGUGACUAUGCUAAAUUUCCUUUGUGUGUUGAAUUGUUUACUGUCCAUUCUUCUGUAAAUCAACCAAUGUGUUGUGAGGCUUCUGCACUUGAUCUUAAAUUCCUUCCAAAUCACCAGUGAUUAAUGUCCUAGAACAAGAUAUGCCUCCAAAUUUUCUUCCAAUUGAUCUCAAUGUUUCUGCUAGUGCUUCACUUGAUGUUCAGCCAAAUGGUAUUAAUGUUUAUGCUGAUUUUAGUCAUUCCAUCCCCAAUUGUAAUCAGGCAAUGCCUUUGGAAGAUACACAUUCAUCUUAUAAUCAAGUCUCAAAUUCAGCUUGUCCUUUUGAUCCUUUGGAACAUGAUUUAAUACUUUCUAGGAGUUCUAGUCAUACUUCUUCAAGUCAACCUAUUAGUUUGCAUUCAGAUGGUCAUUCAGAUUCACUCUUUGUGGUUCCUGAUUUUGAAGUUAUUUCUCACUUCCAUCCGACUCAUAUAGCCAGACAUGCUGUAUACAAAACAAAAAAGGCUUUGGAUUUCCAUUUAAAGGUUUAUGCCAUUUUAAAUCAUUUUCAAUAUAAGACCAAAAAGUCAACCAAAAAAGUAUUGCAUGUCAUUUGUGUUGAUGUAGAGAAUUGCAAGUGGGCUGUUCGUGGAGUGAGGUUGUCUGGAAGUCACAUGUUCCAGAUUAGGAGGUUCGAUUCUGAUCAUACAUGCUCCACUGACUUUAGACAAGGUCGGCAUCGUCAAGCCACAUCAGAUGUUAUUGCAGAGCUUAUCAAACACCGGUAUGCAGAUGCAUCUCGAAAACCGUAUGCUCCUAUUGAUAUUAUGGUGGACAUGAAUAGAGAUUAUGGUGUUAUUCUUCCUUACAAAAAAGCAUGGAAUGCGAACAAAAAGGCUCAAAAGAAAUUAAUGGGUUCAGAUGAGGAGUCUUACCAGCUUAUGCCAUCCAUUGCGCAUGUUCUAGAACAAAAAAAUCCAUGCUCAAAGAUCUCACUUGUUAUUGAUGACGAUCACCGUUUUAAGUAUUUUUUCAUGUCAUUACGUCCAUGGUUUGAAGGCUGGAAACACUGUGUUCCAGUCCUUAUUAUUGACGCUUCUUUCAUGAAGGCUUGUUAUAAGGGCACCUUAUUAACAGCAUGCGCUCAGGAUGCUAAUGACCAGAUAUUCCCAUUAGCGUUUGGCGUUUGUGACACUGAAUGAAAGGAGACGUGGCUUUGGUUUUUUAAGAUGCUCAAGCAAACUCUUGCUCAUAGAGAUGCCUUAUUUAUUGUCUCAGAUCGUCAUGAAGGGAUUAUUCAUGCAGCAAGGGUAGUUUUUCCACACGUUGAAUAUGGAAACUGUGUUCAACACAUUUUAGGGAACAUUAGAACAAAGUUUAAAGGUUGUGAUGGGUUGUCAUGGAAGUUUAACCAGGCAGCCAGGGCUGCCUCUCCUGCUGAACUUGAAGAGUAUUUAGCUUUACUGGAUGCUGAAGACGCUGGUAUUCGUCCUUAUUUGAGUGCUAUUGGUUUUGAGAAGUGGACCCGUUGUUACAGUAGGCGCACUAGGUACUUUGUGAUGACAUCCAACAAUGCUGAGUCACUAAAUUCUGUAGAUCGUAUCCCUCGGGAGUACCCUAUAGCAAAGUUGAUUGAUUUCCUGCGGGACAGAAUGCAGAAAUGGUUCUGUGAGCGUCGAGAAAAUGCUGAAAAAAAUAAAACUAUUCUGUCUGAAUAUUUUGAGACCAAGCUACGUUCUUUCCAUGCUGAGUCCUCUAUGAUGCUGGUGAAGCCUGCCAGUGCAUAUGAGUUUGAAGUUGUGGACAAAACUUCGAGAAGCUUUGUUGUUAAUUUGAAGGAAAAGACAUGUUCAUGUCGUGUUUUUCAACAGGAGCAUUUUAUAUGUGUUCACGGGGUUGCUGCAGUUGGUCACCGUCGAGGCUUAUCAUGCUAUGACUACAUCUCUAACUAUUAUUUCACACAUGCAUGGCUUAGCACAUAUAGUGGAGAGAUGCACCCUAUUGGUUCUUCGUUUGAUUGGGAGAUUCCAGAUCAUGUGAGAUCAGUUAUAUGUAAACCACUUACUUGUUUGACACGUCCACCUGGUAGACCCAAAAAGAAGCGCAUACCAUCAAUUGGUAAAUUUCCAUCUCGUCAACGUUGUUCUCGAUGCAAGAAGGGUGGUCACAACAAGAAAUCUUGCACCAAUCCUAUAUCAGUUUGUAGACCUUAAGAUGUAUAUUUCAAUUUCAACUUUUAUUGUUCUAUUCACUAUAUGCACUUUUUGUUUUACAAGCAUUUCCUAUCAGUUAUGUCUUUCUUUUUAUCGAUAUUCAAUAAAAAGGCAUAUUAAGAAUACGUUUUAUUUUACUUAACUUUCA